AUGUCCGUCAUCAAGUCUGAAGCAGACAGCACCAAGAUGGAAGCCUGUCUCGACAAGGUGGAAGAAGCCUGUCUCUCCAAGAAUGAGGCCGACUUGGCCAUCAAGUCUACAACAGACAGCCUCAACAAGCGCAUCAUCACCGAGCUCUACCUCGCCAAGCUCUGCCUCACCAAGUUCUGCUGCGUCAAGGAUCAGACCAGCUUCGACACCACCCACUUCGUCGUCUCCGACAAGAUUGCCAACAAGGACCCUCUCAUCAAAGGGACCUUGCUUCGCAUGCCGCCAGAAAUCACCCUUCACAUCAUCGAGGAGAUGGACAACGACGUCGACCGCCUGUGCCUCGGCCUCAGCUGCCGCCGCCUCCUGCACUUUGUCCAGGACCGCAACAUCCGGGUCCCCUGCAUGAAGGCCAGCCGCGAGGCCCGCUUCAUGCACAAGGACAACAAGCUCGCCUUCUCCAUGAUGAAGCGCGUAUACCCCCUCAACGCCAGCGGCGGCCCGCGACCCGACGCCGCGCUGUGCCAGUCCUGCUUCAAGUGGAUCAACGUGAACCACUUCGCCACAACCACCCUCGGCCAGGGCAGCAAGACUGUCCUCUCGCAGGUCGUCCCGUGCCCGGACAAGACCUACAACCUGGCCGGCCUCCUUUUCGAAUGCGCCCAGUGCGUGGCGCGCGACUCGACGCCCGAGCAAGAGAGGGAUCGACGCCAAAACAUCUACAGGAUCUCGGCUGUCUCAGAGCCCACCCGGUUUUGCUCCGUCGCGGUUUGGACCAGCCGUGUGAAUAUGCACAAUGGGAGUGAGGUGGAUCCAUAG